AUGUCUCACAAUUCUAAGAAUAAUAGACGUAAAACUCAAGACAAAUUUACUAUAAAUCUAAAACAAAAGACACAAGACAUGAAAGCAAUAUUCGAUUAUGAAGAAGUAUAUGAAUAUUUGAAG